CUAAAAGGUUCCGAGUCCUUGCAGCGCCGAGCAGCGCAGCGCGGACUUCUAAGCUUCCCUCCGUCGGCCACCGAUAGAUCCCUAUAACGCCUUCUUCCCCCUCGUCCUCUUUCCCUCUGCACGCUCUCAGGAUAAGCCAGGUAGGGGCGGCGCGCAGAGCCGGGCACCAUGUCGGGCGUCUCCCAGGACCUGCUGUGGCUCUUGGUCAAGAAGCAGAACAGGUUUCUGUACAAGCAAGGGGGGGGCACCACCCGCCAGGUGCAGUUUACCUCAGAGCCUAACAACCUGAUGAACAAGAACACAUUCAAGUACUCGGGGCUGGCCAACCCCAAGUCGGUGGGCAUUCAGGAGGAGGGGGACCACGUGGUUGUGCGUACGACGAACCCCAAGAAGGCUGGGCAGCCUGCCAAGCAUGUCUCGUCUAACGUCCACAAGAAGGACAACCGGAGGGUAGCCAAGGCCGUGCACGCCACCGUCGUGGGCAGCGGGUUCCGGCCAGAUCUCGAGAAGGCGGCCAAGUCUCGUGUUAGCCACAUCCACAAGGCUCUGCGGGUAAAGAAGGCCGACGGCAAGAAGCCCCGGGCGGACAAGAAGAAGCGCGCUCUGACCACGUCGUAGAUCCGGACCCCUUCAGUAUGCUUUCUUGUUGAUUUUGCGAGGUUCGUUGUUACAACGUUUUUGCGGCAACCAUGCAAAUGUGCAUAUGUGCGCAUGGAUAUGUCUGAUGGCACGAUCUGGAUUUGCAUGCGGUGCGCUAGAG